CAUUUUACUCCAUCUGUGGGAGCCAGCGUCUCCUCAAGGCUGCGUCCAUGUUCUGCUUCCACAGGGGUGUUCACACGCAGAAUAGUAUCUAAAUCUUGAAGGACUAAUAUCUACUUUGCUUUGGCCCAAUAAUGAAUCGUUCAAACUUUGAUACAAAGCUUAUAAUUGAAUAAUAAUCCUUGUAGAAGUGAUUGAAUCAACUAUUUAAAGAAGAUUUUCGAGCGACCACCCCUUCAUGAAAAGGUGGUGCGCUCCACUCCCUGGCGUUAGCCCUUGUUGUAUCCGAUGCUACUGAACAGAUUCGCCGUGGUACAAACUCGCUCCACACUGACACAAAACCCCGGAAAAGAUGCUCCUUCACGGGACUAAAACAAGAAAACACGCCGCCAGAAGUCCCGGGAAACUUUACCGAACUGUGGGCAAACUUUGAGAGAUUUUAAACCCACAUACCACUUGUCUACAGUUUGCGAGGAGUGGGUUAGCAUUGUUUUAUCUCACCACCACUGUUGCCAUUGGACGCGGACACAGACACAUAUAUAUAUAUAUUCUUUUUUUUUAAUUAUUUUCCUUCUGGAGCAAGUCCAGUCUGAUGAAUUCACCGAAAAAAGACGGAGACGACGAUGUGCCCGUUAAAGACCCGGUGAAAUAUGGCGAACUGGUCAUUUUGGGGUACAAUGGUUCUCUUCCAAGCGGAGACCGGGGGCGCCGAAAGAGUCGCUUCGCUCUGUACCGAAGGGCCAAGGCCAAUGGUGUCAAGCCCAGUGCGGUGCACAUCCUCUACACGCCCCAGGACAGCAAGGCCGUACACAGCAGGGGGCAGCACAGCAUUUCUUUCACCUUGUCCCGUAACCAGACAGUGGUGGUGGAGUACUCCCAUGAUAACAACACAGACAUGUUCCAGAUCGGACGCUCCACAGAAAGUCCCAUCGACUUUGUGGUGACAGACACCUCUGGAGGGGGGAAGGAGGGGGAGGACCCCUCCAUUGCUCCCAGCACCAUCUCACGUUUUGCCUGCAGAGUCGUGUGCGAACGCAGCCCACCCUACACUGCGCGCAUUUACGCCGCAGGCUUCGACUCCUCCAAAAAUAUCUUCCUAGGAGAAAAAGCAACCAAAUGGAAAAACCCAGAUGGACACAUGGACGGUUUGACCACCAACGGGGUGCUAGUGAUGCAUCCAGAGGGGUUUCCAGAGGAGCCGAAGCAGGGGCUGUGGAGGGAGAUCUCUGUCUGCGGUGAUGUCUACGCCCUUAGGGAGACACGCUCUGGGCCCAGCCGGGGCAAACUGGCAGAGGGAGAGAGCAGCGCACUACGAGACGGUUCCCUGGUUGACCUGUGUGGUGCCACCCUGCUGUGGCGUACGGGCGAGGGGCUCAUGCGUGCGCCCACCCUGCGUCACCUGGAAGCACUUCGACAGGAGCUCAAUGCGUCCCGCCCCCAGUGUCCUGUCGGCCUCAGCACACUGGCCUUCCCCAGCCUGCCACGCAGCCACAGCCUUGAAGAACGUCAGCCCUGGGUCUACCUCACUUGCGGCCACGUCCAUGGACGCCACGACUGGGGCCAGAGAUCUGAAAGGGAGGAGCACCCAGGGGAGGGCGAGGGCUCUACAACCCGCCGAGAAUGUCCCCUGUGCAGGAGUGUGGGGCCCUACGUGCCCCUGUGGCUGGGCUGUGAGCCUGCUGUGUAUGUUGACGCCGGCUCUCCUACUCACGGUUUUGUUCCGUGCGGUCACGUCUGCUCAGAGAAGACAGUCAGGUACUGGGCAGAGACCCCACUGCCCCACGGGACCCACGCCUUCAGACCUGUCUGCCCCUUCUGCUCCAGUGCCCUCAGCACCCCCGGCUGGACGCGGCUCAUCUUCCAGGGCCCCAUCGACUAGUCACCACAGCAGCCACUAUAACAACAACCAUUCAUGUCGCAAAUAUUGGUCAGUAUGGAAAGGUAAUUAAGUUGGAGUGCUUAACGUAAUUUUCGCGUUAUUAAAGCAUUUGUGUUCUGCAGUCAGUAUUCAACAUUGUCAGCAAACGCAGCUCCAAGCUGAAGAAUCCUGUGUCUUGUUUAUCCUUCAGCCGCUGUUAAUUGGUAUACGAUGAUGAGGAUAUUGGCAGAAUAUUCCAUACUGUCAUUUGAACAGUAUUUAUUCUGAAAUACCUGAUGUCCUCUUCUCUGUUAUUCAAGAGUCUGCUGGUUUUUAUUUAAAACCAACGCCUCACAAGCCGAUUUACCCAGAAACCUCUCUGAAAACACACACAAGAGCGUGAACUCCACCAUUAGGUUUUGUGUGAAGUGUCUCACUCAGUGAAUCAUGAAUUCUGACAUGAAAGUCUCCACUUUCAGAUUUAAUAUCCAACCACUUUCACCUUCAUUUGCAUUCUGACUUCCUAGCUUACCCGAAUGGCCAGCUGAUUCAUAUUCAAAGCUGCACUCAACAGGCUGUCUGAUAAGUACCUGUGUUAAAUGAGCGAGGGAUCAAAGGUUGUUCCAUGAAGAGGAAAUGAUUAACCACUUUUAAAAUCAUUGUUUGUAUUCAAAUUUCCAUUUAGCGUGACACCUAUGCACAGGCCCACUAUAAACGAGACCCCCCUGUUUAUCAUUAUCUUUGAGUUAGAACCUGCAGACUCUUUGAUUAGCACUGAAGUACCAGUAAGGACAAGUCUUAUCCAGAUUAUCGAGCAGACAAAGGAUAAACAAGGGCUGGGAAUAAAACUGGGUAAACGCCACUUCAUAACCCCCUAAAGCAAUAAAAGCACUCUCAUAGAUAAGCUAAAUGUUGUGCUAUGUUUAGCCAAGUGUUGUGUCAGCGCUGGUCACAUAUAACAAGGCUGAAAUGGUUUCCAGGUUAAGGGCUCAACCGGAGGCGUGUUCAAUACCACAAUUCAUUUUAUUUCUACAUAAGGUCGUAGACCAGGUAACCAGGUAUCUUAGUAAGUGUGAUGUAACCAAAGGCUGACCUUUUAAAGCAAGCAACUGAAUCAGUGAAAAAAAUAUAUUUUUAAAUCCUUUAAAAUGCAUCCAGUAGGGGGGGCCAUGGAUCUAGUGAUAGAGCAUGAUGGCUGCAGGGCUGUCGGUUUGAUCCUCGGCUCCCCUGAACCCAGGUUGUGUCAGAAACGACACAAAGAUCAUGCCAAAUCACAUAUGUGGAUGUUGAUCCACUGUGGCAACCCCAUCAACUCAAAUACAUGAAGCAGCCACAUCAUGCCGACAGAAAUCAUGUCAUCACAUACAAGCAUUUAGGAUUGUUAAAUGAAAUUGAACACACUUCUGGUUACUGAAUUCUGCUUAACAGGCUCUGCGUUAGUGUGACGGAGCGUCUGAGCGGUUUGACCUAGCAUAACCUCAAAAGAAAACUUGUUUUUUGUUUGUUUAUUUCAAAGAAAACUAUUUUGUUAGGAAACGGGGAGGGGAAUUAUCCGGGGAAGCGGGGAGGAAUUCUUUUAGAUGUUCGGUGUUAAAAUGAAAAAAAAAAAAAACUAUUUUUCUAACAGAUAAUUGGUUUGAGUUAACCGUUGUUACUCAGUGUAAGCAAAGUUCUGUAUGUUUCCGAUUAUUCUCGUGUGGUAGAUGUAGGAGAGCUUGUGAGUGAGAAAAAAACGUUGCCAACACUGUGUCCAACAAACACACGUUAACACACUGCUACCAUAACACAUUGCCCAGACAAUGAAUGUAGCCAAAUACUCAGGCUAUGUUAAGCCUUCCCUGGUGCUCAUAUUGAAUGGUCUAUAUUGUGAUACUAUUUUUGUAACUGAAUAUUAUGGUGUAGCCUGGUGAACUAGCUCAAAAGAGUCUGAUGAUUUCAAUAAUAGCCUCAAGUGUGGAAGACGUAUAAUUGAUAACACACACACACACACACUCACGUGGAAUUUGUGUCUCGCUUGCAUGUGCUGAACGUACACAUACAGUAUGUACACUACACAGACACGUACUCCAAAAAACUUUGCACAGUGGAUUGCCAACCUGUUAUUCAUGCUCAGAGGGUUUGUUGCAGACCAAGAUGUCUUCCACGUACUCUGCUGUCAAAACUGCAGCAUUUUAGUUUAGGGGUUAUAUUCUUUUUAUUUUUAUUUUUUUUGGAAGACGUCUUUAAAAGAAACAAAGACCGAGAGCUUGAGAACAAAAACCUCAUACUUGAUAGAUGUGUGACAUUUGUGAAUGAGAACCAUCAAAUCCCAACUUGUACUACUAUGCUAAUAUUUUCCACCAAAACCAAUUCACUGCAGAGGGAUGUCCACGUCAACGCGUGUUUACAUUUUGUAUUUAGACCAGACUGUAAAUAAAGAUGGACGACCUGUCUCCACAUGCUUCCAAUUUCCAGAAACGGAGCCAAAAUACCUUUUGUAUGAACGCCGCUUUCUUUGCAUUUGUAGCCAGGGUCUGCGUCGUAGCGAUUGGGAGAUGGAGAUAAGGUGUCGAGGUCGAUUUGUGCACUUGACCAAUCGUGAGUCUCGUUUCCUGUAUGGUCACACACAAGUGAAUAUUUCAGAGAUGAACUUUGAAUCCAGUUCACUACAAACCUGUGUGAGUGAGAAUGGUAAUAAAACAGUAGCUUCUUAUUUCGCUUCACAUUCAUAUAUGUGUGACCAGACCCAUAUACCGCGAUCACGGUGCUUUGGCUUCACUUUUGAGGAGCUGUUUUGUCAUCCAUCUUUAUAUUCAGUCUGAUUUUAGCCGCUAGUGGAACCACUCACGCUACCAACAGUUCUCAGAACCCUUUAUUUUUCCAUGUGAAGUCUAAAUACAAGAUUUAAGCUCGGCUGAAUGCGUUGGACAACUGACUCAGUGUUGAUAAUUACUGUCGCUCAGGAUUGGUGAUUUCAGAUUCACGGCGGGCCACGCCCGAAGGUAGAAGACACUUUGAGACUAGAGUUUAAAUAACAGCGAGAUUCAUACUGUGUAGCAGAACCGAUGUGAGACGAGGGUAGAGAGAGAAGAUCUCCACAGGUCCAGGUUCAGUCCCUCACGGGACUUACUGCAGUACAAGGCAAGGAAAACAUCUCGAUCAGCUGCCCUUUACUACGCACGCCAAAUCCAGUGAAUCCUGCUUUUGAAGAUGACGUAAUUAACAGUUAAUGUAACGCAUUGGCAUGUGGAUGGGAGAAGCGUAGCAGCACCCUCAUUGGCUUCUUGUUUAGCUCACUCUUCUUUCACUUCUCCUCUGCUCUAUUCUUUUAUUCAAACCCUCUGUGGGUUACAGGUGUCCAUAUGCAAUUUCCCUUUUUUAGAAUUUGUUUUUAGAAUUUAGUGAAAGAGUCUGACGCAUAAUGUAUUUUAGCGUGGCAUCAGGUUGUUUAACACCACCAGUAACAUCAUUAGCUCGUCCCUAAGUUUCUGUUUUAUUACAUCUAUCGAUUGAUCCUCAUGCCACAUAGUAAAACCUCAUUCUCCUCAACUGAGUAGCUGACACUCCUUCUACAGGGCAAAACCUCACAGUUAACAAUGCAUUCCUUUAAAUACAUCUGUGUUUUGUACAGCUAUUUUCUAUUAUUUUAUAUCAUAUUCUCCUGUAAUUGUCCGGUGCACAGACAAUCGCUAUACACAUGUCAAUAAACCUGUUAAAAAGUUGAA